GUUGCUUAUCUCUCUUGUUGGCACCAGAUGUCAUUCAGGGAUUCAGUCUUCUCUGUCCUUGUCCUUCUUUAUAGGUGACCUUGUGAAUCAUCAGAGAAGCUACACAGGACAAAAACCAUAUAAAUGUCAACAGUGUGGGCAAUUGUUUGCUCAUAAAUCACACCUUCAAACACAUGAGGGAGUCCAUACAGGAGAGAAACCAUACAAAUGCCAGCACUGUGGUAAAUGUUUUGGUCACAAGUCUAGCCUUGUGAAGCAUCAGGGAGUCCACACAGGAGAGAAACCAUACAAAUGCCAGGAGUGUAAGAAAUGUUUUGCUCACAAGUCAGACCUUGUAAUUCAUCAGAGAGUUCACACAGGAGAAAAACCAUACAAAUGCCAGGAGUGUGAGAAAUGUUUUGCUGACAAGUCAAACUUUAAAAGACAUCAGAGAGUCCACACAGGAGAGAAACCAUACAGGUGUCAGCAGUGCGGAAAACGUUUUUCUGAUAAGCCUUCCUUUGUGCAUCAUCAGAAAUUUCACACAGGAGAUGAGCCAUACGGAUGCCAGCAUUGUGGGCAAUGUUUUGUUGAGAAGUCUUCGCUUGUGAAGCAUAAGCGUCUUCACACAGGAGAUAAACCAUACAAAUGUCAUGAGUGUGAAAAAUGUUUUGCUGACAAGUCAAACUUUUCAAGGCAUCAGAAAAUCCACACAGAAGACAAACCAUACAAAUGCCAACAGUGUGGGAAAUGUUUUGUUCGCAAGUCACAACUUGAGAGUCAUCAGAAAGUCCACACAGGAGAGAAGCCAUACAAAUGCCAACAGUGUGGGAAAUCUUUUGUUGAGAAGUCUUCCCUUGUGAAGCAUCAGAGUCUCCACACAGGAGACAAACCUUACAAAUGCCAGGAGUGUGAUAAAUCUUUUGCUGACAAGUCAAACUUUUCAAGGCAUCAGAGAAUUCACACAGGAGAGAAACCAUACAGAUGCCAGCAGUGUGGGAAAAAAUUUUCAGACAAGCCUUCCUUUGUGCAUCAUCAGAAAGUCCACACAGGAGAAAAACCAUACAGAUGCCAGCAGUGUGGGCAAUGUUUUGUUCACAAAUCAGAACUUGUGCAGCAUCAGAAAGUCCACCCAAGAGAGAAACCACACAAAUGCCUUGAGUGUGAGAAAUGUUUUGCUGACAAGUCAAACUUUAAAAGGCAUCGGAAAAUCCACACAGGAGACAAAUCAUACAAAUGCCAACAGUGUGGAAAAUGUUUUGUUCGCAAGUCACAACUUGAGAGUCAUCAGAAAGUCCACACAAGAGAGAAGCCAUACAAAUGCCAGCACUGUGGGAAAUGUUUUGUUGAGGAGUCUUCCCUUGGGAAGCAUCAAAGUUUCCACACAGGAGAGAAAUCAUGCACAUAUCAGCAGUGUGGGAAGGGUUUUGCUCACAAGUCAGACCUUGUGCAUCAUCAGAAAGUCCACACAGGACAGAAACCAUAGAAAUGCCAGCAAUGUGAAAAAUGUUUUGCUCAAAGGCCAGAUAAGGGCCAUCAGGUCCACCCCCUGCCAAGCAGGAAUACUAAAUCAAAGCAUCCAGCCU